UUUCCUUCUUGUCCCGUGUUUCUCAGUCGGAGCGUUGUAAAUGCUGCCCCGCUGUCAGACUGGAGGUGGACAUGGCGACCGGUUUCAUUGUAAGUCGUACUUUACCUCACUUCAGAGCUCUGUUUCACCGUGCUGGUAGAAGUGCUAUUCUGACGCAGACUAGAGAGAAGAAGCGAUGGAUGAAGUCCUACAUGAUGUUGAUGGAGAGAAAAAGAAAACUGGAAGGUCCUCCGCCGCCGAUGCCUCGUUCACAGCAGCCUAACUGGGAUUAUCAUGCAGAGGUUCAGGCGUUCGCCAACCGACUUCAAGAAGAGUUCACCCUUGAACAUCUGAAGACUGCUUUGGUUAAUCCCUGCUAUAUUUCCUCAGAAGAAGCCACCCGGCAUGAGCUUGGUUUCGAUAAAGCAACUGCAGUUCUGAACUUGAAAGAUAACCAAGAACUUUCAGAGCAGGGUUCAGAGUUCGUGCACGGCUAUCUCGCCAGCUGCCUUCAAGCGGCACAUCCAGACCUGCCUGCCGUGGGUGUGAAUGCCAUUUGUGAAUACUUGACGGGCCCGGAUGUCGUAUGCCAUGUGGCGAAACACCUUGCAGUGGAUGACCUGACCCUGAGUGCCGAGUUCCCUGUACCGAAUGAGGUUCUUCGCAAGACUUUCUUUGCUGUUGUCGGAGCAUUGCUUCAAAGCAGUGGAGCGCAGAGGUCUGCUGUGUUUGUAAGGGAUUUCCUAAUCACUGAGUUAAUUGGUAAGGACUUGUUUGAACUCUGGCCGGUCAGUAAUCCCAUGGGUCUGCUAGUGGACGAACUGAAGAAAAGGAGUCUUCCACUGCCAGAAGCACGGCUAACCAGGCACGCGGGAGCCAGCACUGUGCUGCCCUUGUACUUUGUGGGCCUGUACAGUGAUAAGAAGCUCAUAGCAGAGGGGCCUGGUGAAACGAUUCUGGCAGCGGAAGACGAGGCCGCAAGAGUGGCUCUGCGUAAAAUCUAUGGCUACACUGAAAACAGAAGGCCAUUGGAGUUUAAGAGCAAACAAGAACUGGGCUACAGCAGUUAGGAAUACAUAAAAAAAAAAAAUUCAAUAAAGACUCUACUGUUUAUGGGUUUUUAAGAAUUCAUUGACCGCUGUCAGCAGGUCACUUGUUAUCCUUGAAACCCCCUUUGUGUUGGACGGGCUGUUUUACUUUGUAUUUGGAGUGGGACAGAAUAUAAAUAAAAAUCAUUCAUAGA